AAAAAAAAAAACAAAAAUUAAAUACUAUUACUAAUAUUAAGUUGAAAGAAAAGAAAUAAGAAAUAAUUGAAUCCAAAAUGAAUAUCGACGCUCUGAAAAAUGAAUGGGAGGAGCUCAACAAGGAGUACGCCGAGCUGGAGAGCUGCAACGGUCGGUACAUAGAGCUGCUGGAACAGCUGCACAGUCACCAACAGAUGUGCUUCAACGAGAUCAAGCACCAGCGCUACCGCAUGAACCAGAUAACCGCAUCUUUAAGACAAUUCAAAGGCCCCGUACCAUCGGAGGACAGGGAGAAGGUCGAUGAACUCCACAAGAUGACCUUGAAGCGCAAGGCGCAACUUCACGAAAUCGAGCAAUCCUUGCCAGCUAAAUCCGGCCGCUACUUGCAGAUAAUCUUGGGCGAUGUGAAUGUCUCGAUUCUCAACAGAAACGACAAAGUUCGCUAUAAAGAUGACUAUGAAAAGUUUAAAUUAAUACUCAACGUAAUUGGACUGAUAAUGGCCUUCUUCAAUUUGAUAUUCAACUACAGAGCCCUGGAGCUGGCCUUCAUUUUUCUGCUAGUCUGGUACUACUGCACCCUGACCAUCCGCGAGUCCAUCCUAAAGGUGAAUGGUUCGAGGAUCAAGGGUUGGUGGCGGGCCCACCACUUCAUCUCGACGGUGGCCGCCGGUGUCCUGCUGGUGUGGCCCCAGGGCGAGCACUGGCAGAUCUUCCGGAUGCAGUUCAUGUACUUCAAUGUCUACAUCAGCAUCGUUCAGUACUUGCAGUUCGGCUAUCAAAAGGGUCUACUCUACCGACUGAAGGCUCUGGGGGAGCGCCACAACAUGGACAUCACCAUCGAGGGCUUCCACUCGUGGAUGUGGCGCGGCCUUAGCUUCCUGCUGCCCUUCCUGUUCAUCGGGUAUGGCUAUCAGGCCUACAACGCCUGGACGCUCUACAAGCUGGCCUACUCCCCGCCGGAUGCGCCCUGGCACGUCUCCGUCAUGUGCGGCCUGUUCCUGCUCCUCUUCGUCGGCAACAUGGCCACCACGCUCUGGGUCGUCCCGGAGAAGAUCCGGGAGCGGUCCAAGGAGCGCUAUCGCCUCCAGAGCAUGGGCAAGUCCAUGAAGCUUCGCAAGGAGAUGAAGAAUAGUGCCAGUGAUUUGGAUCUGUCCAGUGGCUCCCAGGCAGCGAAGCUUUCGCCGACAACGACGACGUCGACGUCAGCAGCGACUGCAACUGCGGCAGCGACUGUGACUGCGGCAGCGACGCAAACCCCCGCCGAUAAAAAGGAAAUUUAAAAAAAAAAAAAAACACAAAAAUAAUAAAUAAAUCAAUUGUUUUUUUUUUUUUUGUUGUUUAGACCAGGGCAUUUGAAAUUUUUUAAUAUGCACAUUACAUAAUUACCUACAUUUAUGAUUUUUUCCAUAUUUAUUAUUUUUCCUUUUUCCUUGUAUUAUUUUCCAUUUUUUUCCUUUUCGGUUUCUUGUUCUGACCCCCCGACCUUUUGAACUUUAACCUGCUUUUGAUUUUAAAUAUUAUCACUAUUUUUUUUUUCAUUUAAAACAGAUGUACAUUUGAAGCAAAAAAUUGAAAAAAAAAAUCAGAUAUAUAUAUAUAUAGUCAUAAAAAAUAAAGAUUUUUUUUCGCCUAAUUGUAAGUAUUGAAAUAUGAUAGAAGAUGAAAUAUUAAAUGGAAUUGAAGUGA